GCGCCGGGGGAGGAGGGGACGGAGGAAGGACCCGGCCCGCUGCGCCGGGAGCGCAGGAGGAGGACGGCCGCGUGGGCCUGGGGAAGCUCGCUCGCAGUCUGAGUGAUGUUUAUUCCCGCUUUUACUGUAAUUUACAUGGAUAGAUGACACGGAGGAGCGAGGAGAUGGAACAAGGGCGGGAAGGAGGGAGGAGGAGGAAAACAGAAAAGAAGGAACCGUCGGCCCCCUCCCCACCAGCAUAAAGCAAUCAUAAAGUUCAUGAGUCAUUCAACUCGGCACCGGGCUUAGUAGACCCUCCUAUUGAGUUCCCGCUUCUCCCUAAGCCAGUCCGACCUACCAAACGCCAGGCGGUAACCCGGGCAAGGGCUGGAGACCAGAGUCAUCGCGAUCCAGGGCGACAUCUGAGCGUGUCUCUUCCUCCUGGGAGGCCCAGAUAUUUUCUACCAGUGGCUGCCACUGGAGAAGAUACCUGGCCUCCUCUGGUUGCCCAGAGAGACAGGGGGUGUGACUCCAGAAUAUCCAGGGAAUCAGCACUGGCCAGCAGCAGUCCAUGCCCUGUCCACACCUCUUGAGAUAAAACCCAAGAAUCUGGACUCCUGGGGGAUAGGCUUCCAGACCUCAGAGUGAGAGUGGAGGGGAGUGCUGGGAGCUCAGUAUUGUAGGUAGAGAAUAUAUACAGUUUUAUGCCUGGCAGGAGAGCACCAUGGCACCCUAGCAGAGGAAGUAGGUAUAGUUUUUAGAGGGUCUCUCCCGUGGGAUAUAAUGGGAGGACUUUUGAACUCUGCUCGUUUGUAUAUGGGGUACUCCAAGCCAUUCUCAUGGGGGCGGGGACUCCCAUUUGCUUGGUGAUGGAUUUUGUACCUUUUGUUUGUAUCCUUGGGGUCGCAGCUCUCCUCAGCAGGGUUGAUGUGCAUUCUUCAACCUUCUCUCUUGGUGCAGCUCUAAUCUGCCAGGUUACUUGCUAAAUUUCUGUCCUUUAACUCUCCUUCUGGAUGGGAGCCUCUGUGGAAAGCUGGCUUCAGUCAGCUAUCUUGUCUCUGCACCCUAAUUUUUCUCCCAGAACAUAUUUGACAAAGACUAAAUAUUUUCUAAUGAAUGAAUUGCAUGCAUGUAACACUUAAUUUCCUAAUAAAAAUAAAAUAAAUGUUUCAAUAGUUUCUUUUGUAGGAUCACUAUGGAGAUGAGUUACCACUCUCUGGUGGUGGAAUUAUCUUGCCCAGACUUGGUCAUCAAUGUAGGAGAAGUGACUCUUGGAGACCAAAACAGAAAUGAGCUGCAGGAAACUCAGGGAGACCAAGAGAAGGCAAAAGUUAUACAGGCUGCGUGUGCUCUAUUAAACUCAGGAGGAGGAGUGAUUCGGUUGGAAAUGGCGAAUAAAGAAGAGUAUCCUAUGAAGAUGGGGAAAGAUUUAGUAUGUUCAUUGAGAGAGCUCAUUCAGUCUUCGUAUUUUCCAGAUUUUUUUGAGUUCAAGCAACAUGGUAGAAGUUUCUACAUCUUUGUCAAAUCUUGGAGCAGUGAUGCUCUUGCUGAAGACAGUUCUGUCAAACCCCACAUUUGCAGCCUAAAUUCUUCACUAUACUCUACAUCUUGCUCCUAUGUGCUUCCCAUGGAUUCAAGAGAGGCAUUACAAUUCCUGAAGAAGAAGAAAAAAGAUGCAAAACAUAGUCUGAUUAGUGAAACAGAAACAUCUCCACUUAGUGGUAUUUCCAAAGUUGACCACCAGAACACCUCUGAAUCAAAUCCAGCUUACAAAGUUUUCCAAAUGAAGAGUCUAAAACAUGGUGACAUUCUGCCUUUUUCUCAGUCUCAGUCCAUAGAGUUUGAACAAUUCAACACAACAGACAUUGAAGAACAUAUAAUAAACUUAAUUCCACGAUAUGUCUCUGCAUUUGCAAACACUGGAGGAGGCUAUCUCUUUAUUGGAGUGGAUGCUAAGAGUAGGAAAGUCCUGGGAUGUGCAAAAGGAAACAUUGACCUUAAGUCUUUGGAAAGUGUAAUAGCAGGAGAAAUUUCCAAAUUGCCUCUUGUCCACUUUUGCUCUUCCCAACCAAGGAUGGAGUACAGCACCAGAAUCAUAGAUGUGUUUAAGGGAGAAGAGUUGUAUGGUUAUCUCUGUGUGAUUAAAGUGGAGCCAUUCUGUUGUGUGGUGUUCUCAGAAGAUCCCAAAUCAUGGAUGGUGAAUGACAAGAACAUCUGCAGGCUGACAGCGGAGAAAUGGGUUGGCAUGUUGACAGAUACAGACCCAGAGUUCAUUUUAGAAUUGGCCGAGGCUUUUGAAUCUCAGCUGAGUCUGUCCCACGGACCUCCACUUUGCAGACCAGUGUAUUCUAAGAAAGGUCUGGAACAUAAAGUAGAUCUCCAACAACGCUUGUUUCCAGUGCCAUCAGAUCAUUUGAGAUACACUCCCAAAGACGUCUGGCAGGAGCUGGUCUCAGAGCAUGAAGGACUGGAGGAGUUAAUACACAGGCAAAUGCGUCCUUUCUCCCAGGGAAUUCUGAUCUUCUCCAGAAGCUGGGCUGUCAACCUGAACUUGCAAGAGAAGGAGGGAGUCAUCUGUGAUGCUCUGCUGAUAGCACAGAACAGCCCCCCCAUUCUCUACACCAUUCUCGGGGAGCAGGAGGCAGGGGGGCAGGGCUACUGCACCUUCACAGCCUUUACUUUGAAGCAGAAGCUGGUGAACAUGGGGGGCUACACUGGGAAGCUGUGUGUCAUGGCCAAGGUCCUCCACCUGAGUGCUGAGAGCAACACAGAGAGCUUGGGGGGUGUAGUCUGUCCGAUAGGUUACCCCAGGUCCUAUUCCCUUGUGGACACCCAGCAAGAGGAAGCCUUGCUGCAGGCCCUGGUGAUCGUCCUCCUCAGCUUCAGGUCCCUCCUGAGUGACCAGCUUGGCUGUGAGGUUUUAAAUCUGCUCACAGCCCAACAGUAUGAGCUAUUUUCCAAAAACCUGCGCAAGAACAGAGAAUUGUUUGUCUAUGGCUUCCCUGGCUCAGGGAAGACAAUCAUGGCCAUGAAGAUGAUGGAGAAGAUCAGGAAUGUGUUUCACUGUGAGGCAGAUAAAAUUCUCUAUGUUUGCGAGAACCAGCCUCUGAAGAACUUUAUCAGUGAAAAAAAAAUCUGCAAGGCAGUGACCCGGAAAACUUUCAUGAAAAAUGACUUUAAACAUAUUCAACACAUUGUCAUUGAUGAAGCUCAGCAUUUCCGCAAAGAAGAUGGGGACUGGUAUGAGAAGGCAAAAGCCAUCACUCAGAGGACAAAUGUUUGUCCAGGAAUUCUCUGGAUCUUUCUGGACUACUUCCAGACCAGCCACUUGGAUGUUAGUGGCCUCCCCCCUCUCUCAAAGCAGAAUUCAAAAGAACAGCUCACCAGAGUGGUCCGUAAUGCAGACCCAAUAGCCAACUUCCUACAAGAAGAAAUGCAAGCAAUUAGAAAUAGCCCUCCAGAUAACAUCCCUUCUGAGGGCCUGAACAUGCUUCCUGAAGCUGAAUGGGCUCAGGGUAUUCAGGGAUACUUAAAAAUUGAGUAUGACUUAACUCGUGAGGAAAUAGUGACCUACGUGGCAGACACCUGCAAGGCCCUCCUUGAAAAAGGCUAUUCUGAGAAAGACAUUGCUGUGCUUGUAAGCACCGCCAGAGAAGUGGAGCGUUACAAGCACAAGCUGCUAAGAGCCAUAAGGAAGAAAAGGAUUUUGCAGCUCAGUGAUGCAUGUGACAUAUCUGGUGAUCACAUUGUGUUGGACAGUGUCCGGAGAUUCUCAGGCCUGGAAAGGAACAUAGUAUUUGGUAUCCAUCCGAGUACACCUGAGACAGCUAUCGCACACUGUAUUCUGGCCUGUCUGGCUUCAAGGGCAAAGCAACAUCUGUAUAUUCUGUGGCUUGCUGACCGAUAGGAAGAAUUCCAAACGAAAAUGAGAGGCAAUGUCUGUGGGUGAAAGGCUGCUUGGUGUUGGCAGAAACUGCUUUUUAGUUCACAAGCCUGCUUGAGAUUUGGACGAUGAACUUGAAACUCCUCCUCCUCCCUUGCUUUUUUUUCAAGGAUUCCUCUCUCGGCUCUUUCCAGCAGCUGUGGUUGCCCCAUAUUUUGUCUCCUGAAUCUUCCAGUCAGAAGGAUGGUGGUUUUCUAUAAAAGCUUUUGCCACCAUGUACAAUGCAUGUCUGGGCCCUGCACAUCUGUACCUAAUGGGAAGAGGCCAAGGAGGCUGCUAAACAUCACACAUUGUACAGGAUAGCCCCCACAACAAAGAAUUUUCCAGCUCCAAAUCUUUUUUUCUUUUCUUUUCUUUUUUUUUUUUUGAGACAGAGUCUCAAGCUGUCGCCCUGGGUAGAGUGUGGUGGCAUCACAGCUCACAGCAACCUCAAACUCUUGGGCUUAAGUGAUUCUCUUGCCUCAGUUUCAGCUGGGACUACAGGCACCUGCCACACCGCCUGUCUAUUUUUUUUGGUUGCCGUUGUCAUUGUUGUUUGGCAGGCCUAGGCUGGAUUCGAACCCGCCAGCUCUGAUAUAUGUGGCUGGCACCCUAGUUGCUGAGCUACAGGCGCUGAGCCACCAGCCCCAAAUCUCAAUAAUGCCUAGGUAGACAAGCCCUAAACUACAGGAAGAAUGAGAGUAGCUCUACCCUCCUUAAAUAAGUAUGUUCAGGUCGGAAGAGCAGAACUGGUUAGAGUUUUAAUCUGAUCAAAAUGAGGGAGUGUUUUGCUUACAAUAAUUAAGGCCCAAUGGACUGAGUUUUCCUAUACUGUUAGUGAACUGGUAAAUGGAAUGAAGAUUCCUGGAAGAUUCAGGGUUCCUCAUAGAGACCUGACCCUUUUGAUGUUGAGGUAAUAGAGUUGAAAAGAUUAAGCCAAAAUCUCUAAUUUUUAAAUAUACAAAUUCUUCAAAAACACUCUUGGAGGAGAUAAUCUAAACUCAGUGGUAAUCCCAUAGACAUGAGUCUGUGAAACUUGUAUACAUAUCUCAAAUGCAUUAAAGAAUUUCAU